GCAGGCAGGCUUACACAACCCGGGGUGAUAUUAAAGAGCUGCGCAGGCGCACGCACCACAGACGCACGCCACACGUUACAAUGAUCCAUCACGUUGCUUUCAUUUGCACUCUGAUCUUCGCCAGCCAUUGCUUGGCAAACCCAGUGGCGAGUCCCGAUCCGUUUGGCACCCACCGUACUAAUAUACGUAUCCAUGUACCAUACGAAGUCCACACGCUGCACCAUCAUCACAUUGAGAAAGUGCCAAUAAUCAAAGAAGUGCCAGUUAUCAAAGAAGUGCCAGUAUUGAAAGAAGUACCGAUAAUCAAGACCGUACCAAUUUAUAACACGGUACACGUACCAGUUGUAAACACGGUCGCAGUUGAGAAGCCGGUAUUCGUACCAGUUCACUACAAAGAACAUUUAUGGCAUUAGAACUUAUCUUCCUAGAUCGCAUCGAGUCAAAGAACUGAUUUGUAUGAAAUUGUGAAUAAAAAACAAGAUAUAACUAAAUCACGGCUAAACUCACGCGCAGCUAAAAAUUUAGGCUCUUCUAUGUUUGAUCAAAAAUACAUCUGUUAUUUGUUGAAAUUAAAAUC